AUGGAAGCCAAGGGAGGCGAUCUAAAGUUUUUUCUUAUAAAAACCUCGAUAAAUCUACGACUACGGCCAUCUGAUAUCUUUAUAAAGGAGGCACAGGAUCCUGAGCAAGAUGAGUAUCAUAGCAGAGAUCGUCCGAAACAUGGCCAUUGAUCCUGAGUUGCUCGCAGAGCUCUCAGAGGAACAGAAGCAAAUUAUAUUCUGCAAGAUUAGGGAGGAACAAGUUCGAAGAUGGAAAGUGGCUGAAGAAGAACUGGAAAAACAACAGAUGAAGCCAGAAGAGAAGAAAAAUGGCAGGAAAAAUAUCGACUUUCUACUGGGAUCAGAUGGAAAAGAAUGGGUGUGGGUAAUGGGAGAACACAAGAAGGACAAGUCUCUUGAACAGAUUCUGAAAGAUGAAGCACAUGAAAAAGCCAGGAUACUUGCUGAGAAGGAAGCAGAGGAACUCAAACGUAAGGAAGAAGAAGAGAUCAAGAGAAAAAUGGCUGAGGAGGAAGAGAGACUUGAGAAAGAGUUAAAAAUAAAGGAAGAAGAAGAUCGAAAAAAACAAGAGGAGGCUGCCAUUUAUCAGUCAGUCAAAGAAGCCAAGAAGGCAUUUGAGAAAAUGCAAAAGGAAAGGAAAUUAAGAGAACAAGAAGAAAAGAAGCAAAUUACAAAAAUUAAGACGGUUGCCAACAAAGAACUUGAAGCUGUAAAGCUGAGAGCUUCAAAGAGGCAAAGGGGAAUGGUCGAUAGUAGGUCUAGUGAAUACUUUGAAUCAAUCCUGGAACGGAGGAAAAAGCUAGAAAGAGAAGCGGAAGAAAGUCAGAAAACCAUUGAUCUUGAAUGGAAAAAGCAAGAGGAGAAAGCCAAGGCUCGAGAGAAGGAGAUGCAAGAAAUUGCCCGUCAUGCCCGACAGUCGCACAAGCAAUCAGUAAAGCAGAAACUAAUGGCUGUGACUCGGAUGAUAAAACUCAUGGAUAAUGUACAAGAAAAUCCUCCUUUAGCUCCAAAACAUCCAUUGACUAGAUUCCGGGCAGGUGCUCAUGUUGUUAUACAGAGGCAAAGGAAUAAGCAGAGGGGCUUGCCAUUAGAUUUUCAAUACAAUCCACUGAGACGAAGUCCUCAGGUGCCCCGCCGUGGUAAGGUGCGUCCCGCCAAACCAACUGAUCGUAAUGCUGUUAGACAAUGGUUCAUUGAAGAUGAAAGGCCUCACCAAAUAGGCAUUGAUAAGUCCACAGAUUUGCCUUUUGAUUGGUUCCAUGGGAUAAUCAAACGCCAGGAGGCAGAAAAGUUACUCUCAGACGCCCCGGUCGGCUCAUUCUUGGUCAGAGUGAGUGAGCGCGUGUGGGGCUACGCCAUCUCAUAUAAAGCUGUAGACAGAUGUAAACACUUCCUCAUUGACUCAUCAGAGGGGAAAUAUCAGUUUUUCGGAAUUGAUCAGAUCGUUCAUAAUACUUUGACAGAUUUAGUAAAUCACCAUAUGACUAAUCAAAUAUCGGAACUGGGCCGAGAAUACCUCAAGUAUCCAUUGGGACAGGUUGACGAUCAUCCAGACUAUUAUGAACUGUUCAGCGACAUGCUAAAUAAGGACGAGGUCACACAUUUCUGAGACAUUCAAUCCAUUCUGGUCCACCGAAUUUAUUGGCACUGAUAGCACUAAUUUCUAAAUUGGACAAAUGCCAAAAUGUUAACCCUGAUUUGUAAGAGGAGAAGUGCAAGUGUCUGCAUGUAGCAAUUAAUUUUGUGAUUGUCUGUAAAAAAUAGAAGGCAUGUGAAAAUUUUCUGGGUUGACAGUAACACAUAGUCCAUACUAUCAUUCUGUCUUCUUGCACUGGUCUUCCUACAAAUUAUGGUAAUAAUACAUUCCAGCGGUGAUGCAAUCAAGAGAAACCAAUAUUUUGCUACAUUUUCUGCAUACGUAGCUCUCCUCUGAGGCAGCUGUUUCAUUGUGAGACAUUGACCUUGUUGUCUUGCAUUUGAUUAUGAAGGAUGAUUUCUUUGCCACAAUUCGGGGUUGAACCACCUUUUAUAGCUGCAGCUAAAGAUUAGGCUUGCGCAACUGCUGAAAAUUGGCUUGAUCCUAGUUGUCUUCAGAUUUAAAUUUCAUUGGUAAUUGUAAAUAUUAGCACGUUGCACAUUCUAUAUUUUAUACUAGGCGUUGCCAUUAUAUUGAAGUCAGUGUGAAAAAAUAUUGUAAAAAGUGUAUAUUUUGUUCUCAUUGUGCAAAUUAAUCAGUUUGUUGAAGGAAGGUAUUAUUCCAAGCCAUAUUUUGGUCACAAUCUCAAUUGUCGCUAGUUUUAAAGUAAAUUAUGUAACUACUAUUGGGAAUUUCUGGUUUGCGAAUCAGUUAAUAUAAAAGUGUUGGUGGGGUUCAUAACUCUUGUUGUAUACAUUUAUACAUAUUUAUGGUACAAUAUGAUCAUAAAGUGUUGGGAAUGCAGGUUUUUAAAGGUGCAUGAACUGAUAAUUACCCCAUGGCCUAUAAGGGCAAUGUCGUCCUCUUCAGCGUCUGCCAGUCUGUCCAUCCGUCUGUCUAUCCAUCGAAAGGACGUUAAUCCUUUCACUUGAGACUUCUUUAACUUUGCACCAACCUCAACUUUGUCUGGAGUCGAGGGGUAGAAAAAGAGGCAAAUGAUUAUGAAAUAAGUGAUACUCGGCCCAUUUCAUAUACUCAGUUGGCCAAUGCAAUGACCACACCGCUUAUACACAUUUGUUCGGCCAUGACUCAUCUUUUUAGUGCACUUGAAUUAGGCCUCUUAGAAAUAUAUCAAAUUGUCAAAGAAAAAGACCUGGCCAGUCCACAGUAUCCUUCAUGGGGCUCCAGUUAUCAGUUAAGUCUGUUUGACACAAUUGUCAAGCAAAUGUACUUACUUAUAUACAAAACUUAUAUUUGUCUAUAUACGCAGACAAGAGCAAUAUGGUACAGUGUAUCAUUGUGAUGUAUAUAUUUUCAUGGAGACAUUUUUAGAUUGAUCUUUUUGAAUAUUGUUCAUUUCAGUUAUGAUUAAUUGAGGUGCUUAAAAUUCUUAAGUUUAUGCUCAAUUUUUAUGAAAUCAACCAAAUUUCGAUGCCAUGAUUUCAUCUCUCUAAGUCUUCUUUAAAAAACACAACUUUUCUGCUAUGACUCUAAAACUUCCAAAGUGCCUUUUCCAAUAAGAUCACAUGAAAGAGUUGAAGUUGCACCAGUUAUUGUAAUCUUGUUUUUUUGUGCGAUUUGCGGAUACUUUUUUUGUUUUUUUUGUAUAACACACAACAAGAUAUGUGUGGAGUGUGUUAUAUGUUUACAUUUAUUUGCAUAGACUGUGAUAUUCAUUGAUGAAAUUAAAGGUUUAACAAGCAAAACUAUGGAUUAACCCUCAUAGAAGUGUGAUAGAAUACCUCAGAUUCACUGAACCACUUACAAUGUGUUCUUCCCCUAUUCUUUGACAAUAACAGUACAGUCUUUCAUGUUCGGUUGAAAUUCAGGUAGCCCACAAUAUAAUUUCUUUUGAUAUUUCGAAUCUCUGCAAAUAAAAAUGACUAGUAUGGAGUGUGCUGCCUUCAUAUUGGAGCAAUCAAUACCAUUUCAAUCUGCACUCCUGUGGUGAAAGCACAUUUUUAUUGUCCAUAGAAAAGAAUAUUCCAUCCAGACAUCUUUUCAGUGUGUGGGCCAUUCCAAAAGCCCUUUGUCCAAAUUCAAAAUUAUUUUAUAUUUAUAUUCCAUAGAUACUGUUCUGGUUGUUUGCCAAAAUGACAAAAAUAAUCUUUGGGUCAAUUGAAAAAGUUUGGCUACAAAAUGCUGAACAGUCAGUUAGUCUUUGGUAACCAAGUCGGGUUAAAGGCAUAAAAUCAGACCAAGAAUAUAGCACUAAUUCUCUCCAAUCUGCUUGCAUAUAAGACUAGAAUGUUAGAGUAUUCAGCAUAUCUUGAAGCCAAACUGUUUCUUUUUGUCCAAAGUUUUUCUGACCGAUGUCAGCCCGAUUACAUGUAUAUAUGCAUUGUUCAGUAUUUUCAGCAAUAUUCACUGCAUUCCUGUUAAUCGAAGACUAUAUUUUAUCAUUUCUAUUCACAUGUACAGAUAUAUAGUUAAAGAUAAUAAAAAAUAGAUUAACA